AUGGAUGCUCUGCUGGAGACUAGUGGCUUGUCCGCGUUUGACAACAUUCCAAAGAAUGAGCAAAAGAGGGGGAGGAAUAUAGAUGGUGAGGAAGAAGUGGAUGCAUCGGAAUUUGAUAAUCCGGAGAGUGAGGCUUGGGUAAAGAAGAAUAGAAAGAGCCCCUGGGCUGCUGGCAAGAGGGAAGUAGUUAGGGAAGAGUUAACUGAGGAGCAGAAGAAGUAUACUGCGGAGAAAUAUGCCAAGAAGAACAAGGGCACAGAAGCGGCGGAGAAUGAGGACGCCGGCGUGGUUGAUAAGAAUAUUUUUCAUGGGAAGGAGGAGAGGGAUUAUCAAGCGAGGUCAUGGAUUGCUCCUCCUAAGGACGCGAAAGCGAGUAACGAUCAUUGUUACGCCCUGAAAACAUUGGUGCGUACAUGGAGGGGACAUACUAAAGGGGUUUCUGCCAUUCGAUUCUUUCCCGGGCAAGGUCAUUUGAUACCUUCAGCUGGAAUGGAUUCUGAGGUGAAGAUAUGGGAUGUGUACAAUUCAGGGGAAUGUAUGAGAACCUACACGGGCCACUCAAAGGCAGUUAGAGAUAUAUGGUUUACCAAUAAUGGGACUAAAUUCUUGACUGCCAGUUAUGAUAAGAAUAUCAAGUACUGGGAUACGGAGACAGGGCAGUAA